AUGGCGGCGGCGGCGGCAGCGGGGAUGGCGGCGGGCUGCGGCGGGGCCGGCCCGGCCCGUUCUCUGUCGCGCUUCCGAGGCUGCCUGGCUGGCGCGCUGCUCGGGGACUGCGUGGGCGCCGUCUACGAGGCGCACGACACCGUCAACCUGACGUCAGUCUUGCGUCACGUCCAGAGCCUGGAGCCGGACCCGGGCACGCCGGGCAGCGCGCGGACAGAAGCCUUGUACUACACAGAUGACACAGCCAUGGCUAGGGCGCUGGUGCAGUCCCUGCUGGCCAAGGAGGCCUUCGACGAGGUGGACAUGGCUCACAGGUUUGCUCAGGAGUACAAGAAAGACCCUGACCGGGGCUACGGGGCUGGCGUCAUCACCGUCUUCAAGAAGCUCCUGAGCCCCAAGUGUCGUGAUGUCUAUGAGCCUGCCCGUGCCCAGUUUAAUGGGAAGGGCUCCUAUGGCAAUGGGGGUGCCAUGCGGGUAGCUGGCAUCCCCCUGGCCUAUAGCAGCAUCCAGGAUGUGCAGAAGUUUGCCCGGCUCUCGGCCCAGCUGACCCACGCCUCCUCCCUGGGUUACAACGGUGCCAUCCUGCAGGCCCUGGCUGUGCACCUGGCUCUGCAGGGGGAGUCCUCCAGGGAGCACUUCCUCGAGCAACUUCUGGGCCACAUGGAGGGGCUGGAGGGAGAUGCCCAGUCCGUCUUGGAUGCGAGGGAGCUGGGCAUGGAGGAGAGGCCGUUCUCCAGCCGACUGAAGAAGAUUGGAGAGUUGCUGGGCCAGGACUCGGUGACCCGAGAGGAAGUGGUGUCCGAGCUAGGGAAUGGCAUCGCUGCCUUUGAGUCUGUGCCCACCGCCAUCUACUGCUUCCUGCGCUGCAUGGAGCCCGACCCCGAGAUCCCGCCCGCCUUCAAUAGCCUCCAGAGGACUCUCAUCUAUUCCAUCUCUCUUGGUGGGGACACAGACACCAUUGCCACCAUGGCUGGGGCCAUCGCUGGUGCUUAUUACGGGAUGGAUCAAGUGCCAGAGAGCUGGCAGCAAAGCUGUGAAGGCUACCAGGAGACAGAUAUCCUGGCCCAGAGCCUGCACCGGAUUUUCCAGAAGAGUCUGUGAGCCACAGCUGCUGGGGCUCUGCCAUGUCCCAUGGGACCAAUUCCAGCCCAGAUUGGAAACCCUGGGGUUCCUCAAGCCUGGCUCCCCUUCCUCAGUCUUCCUGCCGCGCAGGGCCAAGUGCGCCAUUGGGGAAAAGUCGCUGGAACAGUGCCUCCCUGGGGCUGGGCUUCCGGCUUGCUGCAGGGUACCCCCGGCCCCUUAGGGAAACGGAGAACCAGGACAGGUUUUAUUGGGGGAGUACUGAGGACAUUUUCCUUUUUAUCUGUGACAUGGGAUUUGGAGAGGUACAGUAGCAUCAUUUCUCCCUGCUGGGUUGUCACGAAUUUGCCAGAAAGCCUGUUCUUGACUGGGCAGGGCCCUGAGCUGCAGGUUGUACCAAGGGCCAGGCACCUGCACCCAGCCAGCUGGGCCUGCAGCUGACCCUUGGCCGUCCUGCGGUUUGCUAGCAGGUUCCAGUGGAAGUCACAGCAAUAAACAGGCUUUAGUAAAUCCUACCGUUUCCUGUUUCUCUUCUGCCCUGAGUGGAUUUUUCCCCUGUGGCAGCUUGACCUUCUUGAACCCCAUGCCCUCCUGUCAGGCUGGGCUCCCGUGGCAAAGGGCAGCUUGUGCUGAGGCGGAGUCCUUUGCUGCCUCCAGUUGGCCACAGUGUUCAGCCAGGGAGGCCGCGGCAGGCGUGGCUUGGUGGCUCUUCCUGUUGGAAAUCACUCAGGUGGCCCAGGCAGCUGGGCCAAGUGCUGUGCCAGAGGCAGCGGGCAGGAACGAGCCAGAUACUCCCCAUCUCUGAGGCUGACUUCUCAAGCAGGAGCCGGGUCUGGCUAGGUAAGGGACAGGAACCCAUCGAAGGAUGUAGGGGACACCCUGCAGCAGGCUGGCAACCUCGGAAGAGCUGUGGCAUCCCAGGCCCUUAGCCUGAAAGCUGGGUGCCUCUUCCUGUGUCUCAGGACCCAGACAAAGGCCUUGCCAUGUAAGGAACCUUGUACAGCAUCCGCUUCAAAGGAAGGAAAAUUAAGAAGGAGGGACGCCUCACUGGAGACUGGCAUGCCCGGCUCUGCAGCUGGCCUGAGGUUUUGGGGCUGCUGGGACUGCUCUCUGCCAGGCUGGGGCAGGGUUAUUUCCGGUCCACAGAUGGAUCCCCAGAGCCAGGGACAGACCCCGCGCUGCUGAGCGCGGUGGGCUGUGUGCUGAUAGGUUCUGCCCAGGACAGCUCCCGCGGCCCUGUCUUCAAUGUGGGGCCUGACACCAGCCCCACCCUCAGGAGCAAGGAGUCACAGUUUCAUUCAUAAUUCGUAUCAGACUUCGGGAGCCUGAGCCAGCUGUCAUGGUCCACUGCCCCUGAGAGCUUGAAGGAAUGUUCCAGCAAAGCUCAGUGCUGUCAGCCUCCCCCUGCACCAACCACUGCCGUCUUACGGCCUAACGUGCCUGCUGGCAUUUGCUUGGUGCAGGGCCUCGGCAGCCGAGGAACAUGGAACAUUUCUGAGGUGGGGGUAGCAGAGGCCUGGGUUGGGGGCAGGUGGGGAAUGUACACUCCCCAGGCCAGGCAAAGAUACAGGACAGCCCCAGAGAACUCUUGGGACAUGCAGAGGUUAACCUGCCUCUGCACCCAUGCCAGGUUCAGCACAGUGCUGUUUUUGUACAACAGGUUUUAUUGAGGUUGUGUCAAU